GAGAAACUGUUAAAUAAGGAGAGUUAAAUAAUCAAAUUUCAUAAAAGCUGAAAAGAAAAAAACAUACAAUUAAAAACAAUUUCAGCUGUGACUUUUGGAAGUAUUAGUUAGGCGCAACGAAAUGAAAACUGAAUCGAAAGUGAGUGAGAAAAUUGARAARAGAAGAAGCAAAAUUGAUAAUUUUAGYUGMUUAAACAUUAAAAACUGAACAGUGRGACGCUAAGUAUUAUGRAUUCAGCUCAWAGAAUAAACUAUUUUCCAAUUUACAUUUUUCACUUUCUCAAAAUUARUAAAUUAUCACUUUACUUAUGCACAUUUAAUUGACAAAAAUCUAGAUUUAGCAAUAAAYAUACAAAAAAGGACAAAUAAAGCAUUUUCCCCACAUCGCAACGCAGCCUCUCUCCCAUUUCAGAUCRCACGAAAUUCCGCACAGACUAAGUGAACGAGACGCAGUUAGAUCGACUUUGGGUUUGGUGCGCGGCCCMGUGUAUUACGUCGAAUGCCUUUGCGAGAUCCAAAAAUACCGCUGACCGAACCGYGCGCGCUAAACUUUUCCUACUAAAACUAUGCGAUCGAUGUUGAUUUUCUAUUGAAAAUGGGCAAUCGAUUGUGCAAAAAAAAGGGCGACGUGUUGGACAAUGCAAACCACGUUAACAGUGAUCGACAAGAAUCGCCCUCCAAGUUCGACAGGAUUAUCAAUAGGCUUCAUUUGAAGCCAACCACGUGGAAAUCCGAAUCGCAACUGAACAAGAAGGAAAACAUCAGGGCGAAAAGCGAAGAAACCCGGCAUGGUGAGAGCAUUUUCUACACCAAACCCCUAUCAAAGAGCUCGGACUGGACCGAGGUUGAUCUGGAGGUUCCCUCAAAAGACGACGAACAAAUUCAUCUGCGAAACCCCAAGUUGAGCCUGAUUUUCGACAAUGAAAAUGGUACACCGACGCCUCCUCCUAGGAAGCAGCCGAAACGAUCAAACUUCAGAGAGAAAAUCGAACGAAUUGCGAAUAAAAGUCUUCAGGCGUUCCAGGGAGACAAAAACAAAGACACCAACAAAGUGCCAGUUGAGGAACCUUUGAUGGUGAAAAGGGAAAUCAACUACAAGUGUCCUGUUUGUGAUAGCGACGAAAAGACGCACAACAGAGAUCAUCAUCACCACAAUAAUGUGGCCAAGAAAUCCUCAGAAACACCUGUAAAGUCUGACAGUACAAAAAAGAGCAAAAGCAGCAAAAGGCAGAAGAAUCUCUCAGUGAUCUCUUUGCCGAACUACAACGAUUUGAAGCUAUCAGUGGCGCAUCCUGAUGGGGGCGAUCAGCCAAUUUCUUCUAAAAAUGAACUCACUUCAUCGCGAUUGAGCCUGCAACAUCCAGGGGCCAAAAAACUCACCAACAGCCAAUCAACUGGAAAGUUGGACAGUUACAUCACUCGAUGCAGGUCGUUUGGUUCAAUAUUUCCUCAGCAGCUGAAGAAGCUGAAAAUGCAAAAGACCAAACCUGAGGACAUCACUUCAGACGACUCGUUUGGACCUUUGGAGGACUGGGAUGUUGGAUUAAUUGAACACUACGAUCCCAAAGACACCAGUUUGCCUCGGCCACGAAAAGCUGCCAUCGCAGAUAAGAAAUCAGACAAAGAAGUGCUGGACGGAAUCGCUGGACUUAUAGUCAAUCCCGAAGACAUUCCAAAACCUGAACGUCCUGUAAGGAGGGCUGAGUCUCUAGUGAAAAAAAUCAACAAAGAAGCUUCGGUGGAAGCUGCGAAGCUUUACAGCUCAGACCCCAAAGCUCCGGAAGAAAUCUGCUUGACACCGCCUCCCAGUCCUAUUCACGAUGGGAAAAGCACUGGGAAAAAAGUGGCGCAGCUAAGCAGAAACUUCGAGGAUCCAGCAACUGCAACCAAGCUUCGGAUGGAUGCCAAACCGCUAGUUGUUAAACGAAACAAACCAGAAAAAUCCGCGGUAGUUGAAAAACGCGAAUCCGUCUGCGAGCAUUCGAGCCUAAUGAAAAUCCUGCAGGAAUUCAGUAUAAAGGACAAGCAGGAGAAGGCCAAUGUGGUGGAGAACGAGAGCACUUUGUCCUCAUUGACUCCAUCGCUGGUCGAGUUUGAAAAGACACUAAACAACAAUGUCUUGGAGGAUUUUAUAAAUGCGGAGAAAAACCAUUCUCGCGUGGGAUCUAGUUGAAGUCGGUGUUAAGGAUAUUGAAGUUGGAAUUUUUGUUUUUAACUGUUGAUGGUUGUAUGUAAUAAUUAGCUUUUAAGGUUCUUCAAUAUUUAACUUAUUUGUAAAGACAUGUAUUUAAUAUAGCAAUAAUGAGUUGCGA